AGGGAAGAUGUUUUGUUAUUGUCGAAUGGUGUACCUGCCCAUGUCGUAUUUAUAUGGAAAGAAAUUUGUUGGCCCAAUAACACCACUCAUUUUACAAUUGAAGGAAGAGUUGUAUGAUGAGUCGUACAAGGAAAUCAAUUGGAGGAAAAUACGCCAUUUAUGUGAAAAGGAGGAUGUCUAUUAUCCUCAUCCCUUAAUACAAGACUUCAUUUGGGAUAGUUGUUACUUACUUACUGAGCCUUUACUUACUCGUUGGCCUCUAAACAAGUUGAGACAAAAAGCUCUAGAAGUUACCAUGAAACACAUUCAUUAUGAAGAUGAGAAC